AUGGCGGGGAUGAUCCAGAGCAGCUUGCCAGUGCUCGACGAAAAGAAUUACGAUGACUGGUGUGUGAAGAUGAAUGCUAUCUUAGGCUUUCAAGAAGUUGACGAAAUUGUCAAGAGAGGAUUUAAAGAACCCUCAAAGGGGGACAUGGAUGAAGCAAAGAAAGUCUACAAAGAAAACAAGAAGCUGGACUAUAAGGCACGCAUGCUCUUGCACCAAUGUGUUUCUGCGAUGAUAUUUCAGAAAGUGUCAAGAGCAGCAACAACCAAGGAAGCUUGGGAUAUAUUACAAGAUGGAUAUGGAAAUUCAGGAAGGGUGAAGAAAGUGAGACUACAAUCGAUGCAGAGACAAUAUGAGCUCUUGAGUAUGGGAGAGCAAGAAACCAUUGAAGAAUAUAUUGGCAGGAUUCAGGUGGUUGUUAAUACGAUGCGGGCAUGUGAUAAAGUGGUGAAAGACAGAAAGAUCGUUGAGAAAAUCUUGCGAACUCUGACACCCCAGUACGAGCACAUUGUGGUGGCGAUCGAAGAAAGCAAAGAUUUGGGAAUUAUGAAAGUUGAAGAGCUACAAAAUUCUCUUGAAGCUCAUGAGCAGCGCCUGAUAGAGAGAAAAGUGGCAGAAAAAAAUGUUAUACAAAGUAUAAAUCAGGCACUGCAAGCUAGAAGCAGUCAAAUUUACAAGAAUCGGGAACUGGCAGAGGCAAAGGAAGAUCGCGUGGUGGUCGUGGUGGUCGAAAUGGAGGCAGAUUCACUAAUACUUUCGAACUGA